CUACGGAUGAAUUUAAGCCUACAAGAUACAGGUGGCAAUGAAACUGGUGCUUAGAGAGCAACCGUUAAGUGGGCACAGUGUCUGUCCUGUGGUUUCUUUUUAUCCCAAUUUCCGUAACAGAGCCGCAAUGCCGGAGAAAAGGCCGAGGGUAUCCAGGACAUACUCCGUUCUCUUAACUGCCCCACCUACCAUCUCUGUGCCCUUCAAUUGGGUUGUGCAUUUACAAAAAUAGACACAGAUUUGACUAGUAAACUAUGCUAACCUUGUUUAUGCCAGGCAUACGUUCUGGUUAAAGAUAAAUCCUCAAACCAC